AUGUCUGGUCGCGCCAUAAAGCGUCGAAAAUUAACGACUGGUUUGGGAAUGAGUGGUGAUAAUGCAAUGAGUUUUGUCAAUGAUGAUGAUUUAUCGAAUCAAGCUGAAUCAAGUAUCGAUGGUGUUGGCGGUAGUGAAUUUGAUGAAGAUUCCAUGCAUGGUGCAAAUAAUUCUAUGAGUAAUUCGUUCACUGUUCAAUCGCAUUUUAACACGCGUGAUUUUGCACUUGAACGUCUCCGACGACAAACAAAACAAACCAUUGUUCCCAUAGACGACAAUAGCCAUUUGACAGCUUGUCUAGAAUAUCUCUAUCGUACAUUAUCACGAAAAGAUAAAGAAGGAUUUUUCCAAUUUCCUGUCACCGAUCAACUAGCACCUGGUUACAGCCAAAUUAUUCGUCGACCAAUGGAUUUUUCAGCAAUAAAAAAAAAAAUUCUUCAAGAAGGUUAUCAAACCAUCAUGGAAUUUCGUCAAGAUUUUGAAUUAAUGUGUCAAAAUGCAGUAGCUUAUAAUCGUUCGGAGACAAUUUAUUUCCAAGCAGCUAAAAAAUUAUUAGCACUUGGUACAAAAUUAAUGAGUAAAGAUAAAUUAUUAAGUUUUAGAAGAAGUUUAGAAUGUUUUGCUCAUUUAACAGAAAAAGAAUUCGGUUUUAAAAUUGAAAAUGCAUAUACUACUACCACUCAAAUGACAACAAUGCCCAUAGCAGAGAACGAAUCACUUGUGGAACCACAACUAGUGAAUACAGAUCAACAUACAAAUAAUGUAGGAGUAGAAGGAGAUUCAAUGGAACAGCCAGUAACAAAUAAUCAUUUGUCGACAGUCAGUAUCUCAGCUGCAUGUUCACAAAGAAAAAAUAAAUACACACGAUUACCAAAAUAUUAUGAAAAAUUAACAACCCUUAUGAAUGAUGAAGAUGAAGAUGAACUGUUACCAGAAGAAAUUCUUGCACAGGCUCAACAAGCUGCUCAAUGUGCACGUGAAAAAUUGAGUUUACGUCAUCCAGUAUCUCAGUAUGGUUUGUCUUGUCAGCGUGAAAAUGGUGCAACAUCAUUACGUUUUAUUAAUCAAGAUGAUAAUGAUGACGAACGAGAAAAACAGCAACAUACAACAAAACAAUCAUCGUUUAAUCACAAUUCUCCAGCUCGCUCAAUAUCAUCUCCAACCACAAACAUUAUCACUAACACGAGUUCUCUAGCUGCAAAUAGAAUUUCAUCUUUAAUGAAUAAUGAGCCAUCAAUAACUUGUCGAACGAUUACUAUCGGCGAACUGAAUAAUGAUGGUACAAGUACAAUUACCACACAGUAUUAUACUUCUUCAUCAUCGAUAACCACAACAAUAAUCAAUGAAGCUGAAAAACGCAAUCAUUUAUCACCUCGUUAUUUUCUUGAUUAUGGACCAUUUAGUUCUAAUGCCCCCUCCUACGAUUCAUCAUUUUCCUCUAUAACGAAAGAUGAACUAGAUUUAUUAAUACAUACGUAUGGUAGUGAAUUUUCGACAGCAUAUUCUGUUUCACUACUUGAUUACGUAAAAGAUCCAGGUGAAUUAGCAAUGGCCUAUGUUGAUCGAUUGUUGAAUGUGUUAACAAACGGUGAACACGAAAACUACGCUUUAAAACAAAAACAACAGAAAGAACCGUUAAAAACUAAAAUACAGUCCGAUGGACUGAAUAAAACUAUAACGGUAAAUGAACAAACAACCUCAAUAGAUCCAUCUGUAUUAGAAUUUACAAAUUUAGAGUCAAGUACUCUUCUUCUAUCGAAUACUAGUGAUUCAACAAUGGCAACAGAUGAAAUUAGACAGGAAAUAGUCGAUCAACCAAUAUACGAUGAACAUACUGCUGGAAUAGAUAUGAAACUCGAUGAAACAUCAAAAUUAUUAUUUAGACUUCGUCGAGCACAAUAUGAUCGUUUGAGUCAACCAGUAAAUACAAACCAUGUCUUAUCUAAUUCCGAACAACCACAAAAUGAAUAUGAAUUAGCACAAAAGAUAUUGAAUCAUUUGACAGAUUUGACAAAAGAAACAAAACCAGAAUAUGUUGUAGAUCCUCAAACUAUAAGACAAACAAUUGGUGUCGUUGUUAAAGAAGAACCAACAAGAACCACAACAAAUGUUGAUCAACAAAUAUUAGACUUUGAGUUAAAAACUCCUGAAACUACUCAAAACAAAGAUCAGGAUGAUAAUACGAUAAAAUUUAAUGAUCCAGAACAAUUUUUUUCAUAUGAAUAA